UACAACCAGGACUGUUAGUGUGCCUUGAGGACCGAGGUUGGGAAUGCCUGCACUAGACAGUCCCGCAGCACUCAGUGCGAAGGCAUCGGGGACAUGUGUGGCCACUUACCAGCAGGGGGAGAAGGUGUAUCAGUUUGGCAGGAAGAGAGUCUUCAGGCAGAUAACAAGCACACAUUUGAUUACAGGCAUGGAUACUGUAUCGAUUAAGAUGUAUCUCAUGAGACAUGUCAUUCUCAACUCAGCACUGAGAGAAUUGUGACUGCUGUUUCUGCGAGCCUUUUGUUUCCCAUGAAGUACAAUGUCACGCUCUGAGAGAAGUGUAAUCAGUGACCGGAUCCCACCUUCCCAGAGAUCAUACAAUGACAGGCCAAGAAGAGAGAGAGACAAUCACAGGGGAUCCUCAAAUGGAACUCAAGGAGGUUACCAACCUGACAGAGAAAGGAAAGAGAGAAGAUCUAAUGACAGGUUGUCUGUGCAGGGGCCAGUACGGGGUCAGUAUUCCCGACCUCCCACAGUUGCCUCAGGUCAUAACCCAAGACACAGUAAAGCAUCUUUUUCACAACAUGGUCCUCUCACACACAGGACUCUCACAGAGAAGCAAACUUUCUCAGAAAAGUGCUCCGAUCUCUGUUCAAUAAGAGGAGUUCUGCAGUUCGUGGAAAUAUCAGCAAAUAUCUUGGUGUUGAUUUGCAUUGUUGCAUCGUAUGCAGUUAUCACUGGCUACACUUCUGCUGCUGGUUUGGGCUCUUUCAGCAUCAAUUCAGCCUACAGUCCAUUUGAAGGCACAGAGCUGCAGCAAGUGAGGGAUGUGGACUUGCAGUAUAGUCAACUGAGAGCACCAGGAGUGUAUGGGGGAGUAGCUGUCAGCCUGCUGCUUUGUGCCCUAACUAUUGUCUUCCUAAUACUGGGGGCUAAACCCAUACACAAAGUUUCCAUCAGACUCCUCUUUGUAGAGUUGAUAUUUGAUGCUGUGUCUUGUUUGUGCUACAUUGUUGGAGUUGGUCUUUACCUGCACUUCAUCAAGCAGGUGAAUGCCACUGACACCUGCAAGACUAGAGAGCGACUGUACGCAGGCCGUGGCUACACUUGGAUGAACUGUGAUGUACAGGGAGGGGAUGCUGCUGUGGCUAUAUUUGGACUCAUUGCUGCAUGUGUUUACCUUCCAAGUGCCGUAUUGUGUGCUCUGUAUAUAAGAACAGUACGUGAUUUCAGGAAAAACCACCUGCCCCCUGAAUAUGCACCUUCCUCAUACAGUGAUAACCAGCAAAGACCUAACAAACCCCAAGGCUUGGCCUAUGAAGACAAUAUCAUUCUUCCUAGUACACUGGUGUAGGAAUGAAUCAGACACAUUGUGAAAUAGCAGUGAUCCUUAUUUCCCUCUCUUUCUAAUCUACUGUAGAUAUAAUAAUGUAAUACUUAGUGUAGGUAAUAUUAAUAUAGAUAACAGUGUAAGUACACCAGACCAAUGUUCUUAAACAAACAACUGGUAAGAAAUGCUUGACGAAAAUCUGAAAAGCAAAAGAAUGAGAAGUGCUCAAUAGUGCAGUAAAGUAAAUACGUAUAUAUAUAUAUAUACGUAUUUCAAAAAGCUAUUUAUUUAAAGAUAAUGUUAUCCCUCUCACAAUAAAAAGACUCAAUUGGAAUGAAUAUCUGACACAAAUCACUGGGCACAGGAAAGAUGCUGCACGAUUCCUCCUACUGCCACACCAGAGGAAAUUAAUCAGUCAGACCAUAUACCCAGCAAUUGUAGUAUCUGAGGUCCUAACUGGUUUCACCCAGACUAUAUAAAUCUCAUACAGUAUAGCUCAUGUAUAAUGGGGUUGGGGAUGGCUGAUCGUUGCUAGGGAUCCCAGCAGUCAGCAUACCGACCGCAGGGAAAGGGGGGGGCGAGCACAACAAAGCUCCUUGCGGACCUGCUGCGCUCGCCACGCUAAUAGAAUAGUCCCUGCUAGUCGGAAUGCCGACUGUCAGGAUUUAGAGGGAUCGGGGUGUAGCCAUAGGUAUUGUGACCGCCGGCCACAUGACUACAUCCUGUUGCAGGUAUAGUAUUCUGAUGACUGGUGCAGUAGGGGUGCAUGUUUUAUCAACCGGUCACUCAGUCUACAUCGUGUCAAAUUGUAAAUGUUUAUAUGCAACUUCAUUUGAUUUGUUAUUAAGACGGUAUAGUCUAGAGUACAAGCCCACAUGAAUAUUUUAUCAGUCACUGAGAUACUGAUUUCCAUGUUUGUUUUAUAUCCGUCAUAAUAGAACAUGUAUUUCAUUAACUAACCAGUUUUUUUUUAUUGGCAGUUAAUGCUUUGAUCUUUUAACCUGGUUUAUUUACUGGACCUGGCAAAUACUGGAUUAAGGGGUCUCUCCCCUCCCCCAACCCUUACACAUACAGGGAUUGCGGCACUUUCCUGCUCUCCCAACUCCCUUACCUUUCUUCUGCCCCCUGCAGUGGGAGGCAUUAGUGGCAGGGGGUCAUGACACUGUGCAUGUUGAGCUGAUUAUUAUGUAGAUUCCUUACCAAUAUACUAUAACACUGUGAAAAUAAAUAAGUGCUAAGUCUGCAUUUAAGGGGGGGUACUGACGGGGGAAUGUGCGCUAAGCGAUCUUAACACAGGCCGCUCAGCACACAUCUCUCCUCCCACUCAGCACAGCGCGAUGUGCUGAGCGAGGGGACAGACGAACGGACGGGGGCGCUCACUUCACACAGCGGUGACGUGAGCGACCCGCUAGAUUGAGCCUGCAUGCAAGCUCAAUCUAGCACCGGCGAUAGCGAUGCGCGAGGCCCGCAUCACUAUCGCUGGGGGGCAUACACACGGUAGAUCCGUGCUUAAAAUCUAAACAAUCUAGUCACAUUGCUUAGAUUUUAAACACGGAUCUCUCCGUGUGUGGCCCCCUUAAGAGUUUCCUGAUGAGCAAUGUGUUUGUAGUAAAUGAGUCUGCAGGGUUAAGUAUAUUCAAAGUUUAAAAAUGUAUUAAAUAAGAAGUAUCAUCAUAAAUGUAUUUGGCAUAUCUAAGUAAAUAUCACAUGCCUUGUUAGAAAUGUACCAGAAUGUGUUGGUUUAUCAUGAUGAAGCUUAUAAGUAAAUCAAAUUAUAGUAAUAUUAUUUAGAAAACCUAAGAUUUAAAUAGUUGCAUUACAUGAGCUAAAGUUACCUUGUCGUUUUGUUAACAGCUAUGCAGACUUUGGGGGAAAUUCAAAUGUUUGUUUUGUCCUGUCUAUUAGAUACAGACACCCAACUGACUUUUCAGACACUCAACCAACUUUUGAAACAUUUGAAUUUCCCCCUUUGUGUCACUGUUACUGGUUUAUAAUGAUGUACUUCUUUCAUGGAUAAUGUUGCUCAUAGAGAAAGCAUUGCAAUAGGUUAAUCGAGCCUAUGAACAGCUAAAGGCUCAGUUACAUCUGUGGGUGAUAGGAAUAUAGUAAUCAUUAUAUUAUGUGUUUCUUCACAACAUAAUCAGAAAUUUUAAUGCAAUAAAUCACACAACACAUUUAUUAAAACCUAUAAAAAAAAAAUCUUCCCAUUGUCACCAUAUCACAUGUUUUGCACAUGGAACUUUUUUUUUUUUUUCUUUACUGCUAACACCCUUUUAUGAUGCUCAAUGCAAAAUGACCUACUCAAAAUGCAAGUACAAGCACUUAAGAAGCACUGUAUAUCAAACCCCUUAAUGUUAGACAUGCAGAGUCACAAGUAUGUGAACUAGAGUUCUUUUAAACACCAAUGGGUAAAGGCUUUAAGGGGUACAUUUACUAAGCAGUUAUAAAGGCAGAGAAGUGAGCCAGUGGAGAAGUUGGCCAUGGCAACCAAUCAGCACUGAAGUAACAUCUAUAAUUUGCAUACUAUAAAAUGAUACAGAGCUGCUGAUUGGUUGAUGGGGAAAUUUCUCCACUGGCUCACUUCUCCGCUCUUAUCACUGCUUAGUAAAUGUAACCCUUAGUCUGUAAAUAUUUUUAUACAUGUUGUAUUCUUGCAUAGUUUGUACUUUUUUAUGUAUAUAAUCUUGCUAUUACUAAAUUUUGUAAUUAUCCAAUUGGUUGACAAAAUAAACGUGUUUACGGAAUGACUUCAAA